CUUCAAUACCAACUCGCCUUACAUUCAUUUCUGCCUACCUAAAACAUCGAUCCAGCAAAGAUGGCCGUCAAUGGGACCACCAACGGCGAAUUGCCUCAAGCACCGCACAAACUCUUCGAUACCAUCCUCGUCCUCGAUUUUGGCUCCCAAUACACCCAUCUGAUCACACGCCGACUUCGCGAGCUCAAUGUCUAUUCUGAGAUGCUGCCAUGCACACAGAAGCUGAAGGACCUCGACUUUACACCCAAAGGAAUCAUUCUCUCUGGCGGGCCCUAUUCUGUCUACAGCCCAGAUGCUCCCCACGUGGAUGAGGCGGUGUUCCAGCUGGACGUCCCCAUUCUCGGCAUCUGUUAUGGUCUGCAAGAGCUGGCUUGGCAUCAUGGUAAAGGAGUUGCUGCGGGCGAGAAGAGGGAGUAUGGCAAGGCAACCUUGCAGCUACAGAAGCACGCGGGCAAGAGCGCACACAUCGACAAAUUGUUCGAGGGCUUAGAGAACGAGGUUGUUUGGAUGUCACACGGUGACAAGGUCUCGAGGCUUCCAGACAAUUUCCAUACCAUCGCAAGCACUGCCAAUGCACCAUUCGCGGGCAUUGCACAUGAUACCAAAAACCUAUAUGGCAUUCAAUUCCACCCUGAGGUCUCUCACACCCCCAAGGGCAUUCAGCUCAUCAAGAACUUCGCUGUUGGAAUCUGCAAGGCACAGACAAAUUGGACCAUGGGCGCUUUUGUCAAUCAAGAGGUGGAAAGGAUAAGAACUCUUGUAGGAGACAAACAGCAAGUCAUCGGUGCCGUCAGUGGUGGUGUUGACUCCACCGUAGCAGCCAAGCUCAUGCAGACUGCAAUCGGUGACCGUUUCCACGCCGUCAUGGUCGAUAACGGCUGUCUGCGACUCAAUGAAGCAGUUGAGGUGGAAGCCACGCUGAAGGAAGGACUCAAAGUCAACCUUACAGUGAUAGAUGCCAAAGAUCGCUUCCUCGGCAAGCUCGCUGGUGUUUCAGACCCAGAGAAGAAGCGCAAAAUCAUCGGCAACGAAUUCAUCGAGAUCUUUCAGGAAGAAGCCAAGAAGAUCGCUGCUCGCGCCGAGAAUACAGACCGGGCUGGCAAGGUCGAAUGGUUCCUCCAGGGCACUCUCUACCCGGACGUGAUUGAGUCGAUUUCGUUCAAGGGACCCAGCGCCACAAUCAAGACACAUCACAAUGUUGGCGGUCUGCCCGAGAAGAUGGAUCUCAAGCUCAUCGAGCCUCUCCGUGAGCUCUUCAAAGAUGAAGUACGCGCUCUGGGCACCGAGCUUGGUAUCCCAGAGAAUCUCGUUUGGCGCCAUCCUUUCCCAGGUCCCGGUCUAGCUAUUCGCAUCAUUGGUGAAGUCACUACAGACCGCAUCCGCAUUGCUCAAGAGGCAGACAAGAUCUGGAUCGAGGAAAUCAGGAAGGCCGGUUUCUAUCGCGAAAUAUCGCAGGCUUAUGCUGCAGUACUGGGAGUGAAGUCCGUGGCUGUCGUGGGAGACCAGAGACUUCAUGGCGAGAUUGUGCACCUUCGUGCCGUACAGACUACCGAUUUCAUGACUGCCAAUGUCUUCACUGGAGCUCCUAUGGAUUGGUUCGCAAGCGUAAGUGAUCGUAUCGCGAACGAGGUUCAGGGCGUGGCAAGAGUGGUGUAUGAGACUACCAGCAAACCACCUGCCACUAUUGAAUUGGAGUAACGAGCUCGAGCAUGGAGCGAAAGCAUCGGGGUUGUAAGGCGUUGGCAGGCAUGAGAGGGAGUGGUACACCAAUAUGCUAGAUAGCGAGGCGUUGGGUCGUGAUGCAGAAGUUGAACCGUGAACAGCAGCAUCCUAUGAUACCCCAGAAGCACAAUGAAACAUGAUUAUUAAACGA